UGUAAAUUUGAAAAUUUAAAAUAACAAACAGCCGAAACGACUGCUUUGAGCAGACGCUCGUGAGGCAGCGGCAGCCGACAACUGUCAAAGUGGCUAAAUGAUACCAAAAAUAAACAAACAACAACAAAAAUAGCAAUAACAAUAGGUAAACAAAUAACAGACGGCAAAUUAUAACAAAACAACAACGAAGCUAAAAGCGUCGUGCAGAGUCGUAGGCAAAGCAAGCCAAGCGUAGCGCGUCGAAACGGAGCGAAUCGUGUGUUGAGGCUGUGCGAGUGCUUCGAAUUUCAACAAAAAUUUUGAAAUAAGAAUUUAAAAAAAAAUGACUUAACUAGUUUUCGAAAAAAAUUUAAGUGCAAAAUUCCAUAAGUAGCGGAAACGGAUAUUGCGUGCUGUACUGUGUCUAUUUUAUUACAAAAAAAUAACAACAACAACACAUGUGUUCAGUGUCUGCGCUUAAAUAUACAACUCGAAAAUAACCACAAAUGCGGUAAAAUUUGCUAGAAAUUAGCAAAGCAAAGCACAUACAUAUGUACAUACAUAUGUGCAUGAUUCUGGACAGCCAGUCACUGUCUGUUCUGCAGCCAUAACAACAAAGUGUACGCGCCAGUGUUUGUAUGUGUGCUGAAAAAGCAAAAACGAAAUUAAGCGAUAAAGUGAAGCAACGUGAGGCAAACAGAAAACGCCGAAAAAUUCGAAGGCAGCAAAAACACAAAUAAAACAACAACAAAUAUUUGAAGCUAAAACAACAAUUACAAAAGUGUCAAAUAAAGCAUUGGCGCUAUUUGUGUGGCUCACACUAUCCGUAUUUAAGAAAUGUGUUAAAAACUCCCUGUAUGUUGAAAACUUUCUUUAAAAACCAACAACAAAAUGCCACAAAUAAUUUCAAAGUGUUAAAAGUGCAAUAAGAGUUCGAAAACCAUCACGAAAACAACAAUAGCAGCAGCAAAAUGUCAACCGACACCAGCAUGAACGCCAACAACAAUGCCUACGAGGCCUCCAAAGUGGAGGUUAUCGUUUUGGCCAAAUCCGAUAAGACGCUAAAAAACAAUAUGGACGCCAAAGAUGAAACCAUGCGCAAGCGCACAUCACUAAUCAUCGUGCCACAGCCUGUAGAUGAGUUGUCAGAUCGCGAUAACAAUCUUACCAGCUCUACGAUCGAUAAUGACAACUGCAAUGAGACAGUCGAUAACAUUAACAGUGAUGACAGCAAAACUACACAAACAAAUAAUGCCACAAAGCAGCAGCCCCGAGAAUCCUCAAUUAGCUCGACUAAUUCCAAUGGCGGCAUGGAGGAUGAUGAAGUAGACGAUGUUGACUAUCUGAAGAAGUCGCUCGACAACGAUAACAAGCGCAAUCGCCAUUCCAUCGCUAGUGUGGACAGCUGUGUGUCACGUUCCACACGCACCAGCAGCACUGAUACGAGCACCUCGUCGGGCGAUGAUGUCGCCAUCGAUGACUACAACGAUCUCGAGGAAAAUGGCAACCUUAUCGAUGAUCUCGAUGAUGGUGAUCGCAAGAAUUGUCUAUCGAAUGCUUCAUCUUCCAUCGACGACUAUUCUUUGCGUGAAAAAUUGCAUAACUAUGUCAAUGAGGCGCUGGUGAAGGACGAGGGUAGCACCUGUGGCGAUCAAUGCACCAGCUCAGAUGCCGAUGAAGUGAUCACCGAAGAGAUGGAGGCGAUCGAUGAGUCGGUGGAGGAGGAUGAGCCGGAUGUAGCGCCUGCCGAACCACAGAGUUUGCCACCCUGUGAUGCGCUCUUGAGUCCACAAGAGGUGCCAAUGGGACGUCGCUAUGCGGAAGUAUCGCAAUUUAAGACGAACAAGUGGACCUCCGACUCCAGCACACAGUUGACCACAUCAGCCGUGCCGCCAGCAACAACACUGAAUCAAUUAAAGUCCACAACGGCUACAGCGGCCGCAGCAGCAACAGGCAAUGCGGCACACAACAAUAAUAAUAAUAGCAACAACAACAACUGCAAUAGCAAUAACACAGCCGGUAAUCGACGUCUGCCAUUCUGUGGUUUAGAUUCCAUUAAAGGAAGUGACAGUAAUGGCAUGGGCGAUGGUGUUGUUGGUGGUGCCACCAAUUUAUGCUUCGAUUUGCAUGGUAGCAACAGCGGCGGCAUUAACACCAGCAAUCGGCACACUGGCGCUGGACUCGGCGGCACACACGAUGGCGUUCAACAUCAUGAUAACAUAUCAGAGCAAUUUCACUCGCUGGAUGCGGCAGAUAGCAGCUGCUGUGGCGAUGAACAGUUCGAGGAUGAUAUGCAGGCCUUGUUGCCGAAAUGCAAGCGUUACUCGGGAGAUGAACUCAGUCAGUCACGUACAUCUCUGGUCUCCAGUUCGGAUGGUGGCAUUUUGGCCGAAGGCGAAACCUCAAGCGAAACAUCACGCGGCACCGACGAAUGCCCGCCCUGUGACUUGAGCCUGAUGGAGCGUCUGCUGCUGACACAUCCAGUAUGGUUUCUAACCGGCAUACAGCGCUCCGGUGCGGUACAUUUUCUACAAGGCAAGGAGGAGGGGAAUUUCAUUGUGCGCGGCUCCAGUCAACCCAACACUAUGGCCGUUUCGGUGCGUCUGCCUCCGGACACUGGUCCCUACAUUGAACACUAUUUGAUACAAUCAAACGACGGCAUAUUGAGCUUGGAGAGCUCGCGUUUCACAUUCGAUUCGAUACCGGCACUGAUCGCACACUAUGCACAAUGCUGCGAUGAGCUGCCGGUACAAUUAGUACUGCCACGCGCUUUGCGCGAAGUUAAAAAUCGCCAACAACUCUCAUCACUGGCGCUCUUGGGUCAGGAGUUCUGGCGUUAUCCGAUGUCUUGCCCGAAGCCACAAGAGUCAGAGGCUAAUCUACUCGAUGCUAAAUCACCAAACUCAUUGACAGAGACCAGCGGCUUGGGCACAACGGUCUUCAGUAGCAAUUCUGCCGCACCACAAUCGUCUAAGAUCUUCAGUCCAACCAGUAAUCUGGCCGGUCUUUUCAGUCAGGCCGGCACGCCAUCGGAUACCACUUCGAGCAUGAGUUCUUUCACUACAAGCGGUGGUCCACAAAUGCAGCUAAUGAGUCCCGAAUCGGUGGACUCAGUAAUAUUAACAAUGUCACCGGUAGACGUUAAUAAUCAUUGUAACGGCAAUGCUACUUUAACGGCUGAUAGUGCAUCGGCUACGAAUGGCAAUCUCAGCACUUUUAAAUCGAAUAAUAUUCUGCCGGUAACAGCUAAAGGUAUUAAAAUGAACGCAGAUAAUGGCAUACGGCCACGACGUCCCAAGCCACCGAACACGCUGAAUUUAGACCUGCGCAAACCGCCGGCACCACCUUUGCGUUGCUUUAAGCCACUCACACCCAGCAGCCCACUACCAUCGGAACAUGGCUUGAGCGCGGCCAAUAAUUUCACGGUGACCACCACAGUCACAUUUUCAAUGGAGAACAAUAACUCACCACAUUUUGUCGAGGUAACCACGCCAGCGGCAGCAAAUAACAUGAUCACACCAAGCGCGCUCAACUCGAACGCAACUUUCCAAACAUUCUCGAAACGUCUCUCACCGGAGGGCGAAUGCAAAGACACGCUCUCUUCACAGGGUUCUUCGAAUGGCAGUCGCUGGCAAUCGCAGAGCAGCAAAGACUCGAAUCACAGCCAAAGGAAGAUACUAUCACCAUGCUCGGCCAGCACACCAACCAGCGCUAUGGGCAGCAGCGGCAGCAGCAAAUCACGACGCACCAAAAUGCGCAAAGAAUCCCAACACUACAAAGAGUCGGACAUAUUGGAAAGCCCACAAAUAUAUUGCCGCAGCGCGUUGGGCGAUAAAAUUAGCGACUAUGAAGAUCUAUGGACACAAGAAUCCAACGAACGUACUGGCCUGCUCACGAGUUUUAAACCCACCGAAGGUGCACAAGGAAAGCGUCCGGAUCUGCUCGCCGAAACACCCACAAUUACUUCCCUAAGCGCCAACUUGCUCUCACCUGCCAAUUCCACUGCCAACUCCGCCAGUCCGCCACGCAAUGGUGAUGCCUCGCCCACGCCCACUGCCGAUGCCGAUGCUUGCGAUACCCAGCAACUGAUACAAUUCUCUGCCGAUGCACAGCCACGUUCGCGUGCUGGCCUACUCUUGCCCGGACUGAUGAGCCAAUCGCUCUCCGAAGAUCAAUUCAAGGUUUGCGAACCGACUGAAGGCGACACUACACCGACCGCAGACACGCCUGCCUCACGCAGCAAACAAGGUAGUCCCUUCUAUGCUGAACCAGCGGAUGCACUGCGUGAAGCCGGUCUCACAACUGCCAGCAUACUGCGUCGCUCUCAACGUGGUCCGCUCUUGCCAGCAAACCAUCGGCAUUCCGAACCGCCUAAAAGCGGUCUAGCGCGCACACCUAUGUGUCCGUUGUUGAUACCCAAAGAGUUCGAUAAAAUCGCUGGCAGUCUUGAUGAGUUGAAGAAAAAGCAACAACAACAACAGCAACCGCAGGCGCAGCAAGCACCAGCACAACAACAGCCGACAAAACGGGCACGUGGCCGUUUUGACCAAUGGCAAUUGGAUAGCAGUUGGGAAUUUGUGCGCAAACAAGAUGGCGAUGGUGAUUAUGAUGAGAACGCAGCUGAGCAUAAUCCCAAUAACAAUUAUGGUGAUUACGAUACUGAGGAACAGUGGCGUCAGCAGCCAACAAGUACGCAGGAAAAAGAGAAUUCAUUGGGCCGUGAGGCCAACAAGGAAAAUAAGCAUAAACCGUUAACUGUACAUCAAAUAAUUGCAAAACACUUUCCCGAUUUAAAUCUACCCGAGCUAAUACAUUGCUCUACUCCGCCACAACAAGCAUAUCUACAACAACAACAUAACGGCCAAAAUGGGCAAAAGCAAUUAAACGAACAUCACGGCAGCCAGAAAUCUUUCGACAGUCAGACUGGUAGUCGCCUCUCGUCCUACGACAAUGUCGGCGGCACAUAUUCUUUUUGCCAGUCGUAUUGCAACGGCAUUGAUUCGGCGCAAUCGGAUGAUGGUACAGUGUUCUCGGAACCGUGGGACUCAUCGCAAUGGGACUCCAUCAAUCCACAGGAUGAUGCCACCAUCACUUCGGACACCAUACACUUUUCGAAAUGUCGACCCGUCGUCUCAGAAGAUGAUACCAUAAUUGAAGAAUUGAGCACCAAAGAAAGUAAUCAAGACACAUUGAAAGCAAAGAAGUCGAAUAGCAGGCAAAAGGUCGCAACAAUUUUACGGAACCCAAGCAUGCGAGAUCGCGAAAUUUUGCGUCACCCACGCAACAAGUUGAACGCGCCCAAUGGCGGUCCCGGCGAACUGGUGCGCGCUUGCACACUACAACUCGCACAAGAUCCGUGCUCCACAUUUGCGCGCAAUAUCGAAAACUUCAUCUCCUGCACUAAGGAGUCACGCGAAGCGGCGCCACAGGUCGUUAUGCGCAACAUGCGUCAGUUCAUGAACGGCAUGAAGAACUAUCUUGUGAAACAUGGCGAGGGUAAAUUCCAUCAGGAAAUCGAAGCGGCGCGUUCGCGUCUCAAAGCGGACGAGUUUCUCAAUUUGGACGCCAUACUCGAGACUGUUAUGCAUGAAUUGGUUGUGCUGCCGCUGCGCGAACAUCUCUACGGCAUGUUCGUGGACUACUACAAACGCUCGGAGGACAUACAACUAUUGGCACAAAAUGUUAAAUACGCCUGCGGACGCAGUCCUGCUGAUUUUGGCAUACGCGCCACAGUUACGCCGCCAUCACCCACAUCAUUGCAAGCAAUUUCGGCAUUAUUGCAGCGCCUGCAAGAGGCCGAACUGCCGCUCGAAAAGCUAGAUCUAUUUCUGUGCAUCAUUUCAACAAUAUUUGAGGCCACCGGCUGUCCACGCGGCCAGCAGUUAGGCGCCGACGACUUCCUACCCGUGCUGGUAUAUGUGGUGGCCAAGUGUGGCUUCGUAGGCGCCGAGAUUGAGGCUGAAUUCAUGUGGGGCCUGCUGCAGCCGACAUUGCUGAGUGGCGAGGCGGGCUACUACUUGACGGCACUCUGCAGCGCUGUGCAUGUGCUCAAAAGCUUCAUGGCUUCGGAGAGCGAAAACGGCACGGGCUCGCUGGAUUGGCGCUCUUCCUCGCUGCCAGCCUGCUCAUCAGUGCUGCGCGUUAUCAUACCCGACGAAUGCAACGGCUCAUUGCAAACGCGUACACUGCCCGUGCGCCCACACACUACCACGCGCGACGUCUGCCGAAUCAUUGCACACAAGGCGCGCAUCACCAAUCCACAAGACUAUGCGCUCUUCAAGCUCGUCGAUGGCGAGGAAACGCUAUUGAAUGACGCCGAAUGCCCACAGGAUGUACGUUUCGCGUCAAAGGGCAAGCACUGCAUGUUGGCGUACAAGCGUAUUGACGCCAAAAUCGCUUGGCCCACAACGACCUAUUAGAAUAUGGUGUAAAAUUUAAAGUCGCUUAAGCGCUCUUAACGCAUAAAGCAAGAUUAUUUUGAAAUAAUCUCAAAAUUUAUGAAGCAAAGCGGCGCGCAAAAAGCUGUAUGGGAAACUUUUCGGUUGUUUGCACAGAAUCAAAAGCCUAAAGUCAGCUAAGCAUGCGCAGUAGAGCAAAAACCAAUAAGAUAUUUCAUUAAGGCGCGGAUUAAUUUUAAUUAGUUGUAAUUGAAAUCAAAUCAUUAUGCACCAUUGCUCACUAAUCACACUCAUUGUGUUUAAUCAUACAAACACAUAUACAUAUGUAGUUAUAUAUAUGUUUGUAUUUACGACUAUACUAAACAGUAUUGCGAUAAGUUAGUUGUAGGCGAAAACACACACACACACACCAUAAUAUAUGUGUGUUGUGACAUAGUAUAAGCUUACUAUAUAAAUGUAUGUAGCUAGUUGUAUAUGAAGUGAGACUACUGACUAAUGACACUUAAUGUAAUAAUUCGAAUUAAUUUUGUACACUUAACGAACACUGAACAAUUGCGUUUACAAAUCAAAACAAAAAACAAUAUUGAGGAAGAGAACAAUUGUAA